GUCUUGCUUGGGGUCUAUUGAGACCUCUCAAACUAUUCACUGCUCUACACUCGAUGUGCAGGGCUGGUACCAAGCAUCGUGAAUCUCCCACGCCAUCGCAUCCCCCGCAGCGAUGGACUUCCACCUAGUGCCUCGCGGUACCGAUCGGAACUACACAGGAUUCCUCACAAAGACAAUAGUCUACAUCGGGACACUGGUGAUAUUUCUGGCCUCAUUUGGCUUGACAGUAUCCUCCAUCGUCAUUCCAAAAUGGGUCAGCUACCAUAGUGAAAAGCCCGACAACCAUUACUCCUACGGCCUUCACCGCCGCUGCUCCUCCCUCACCGAUACCUGCGAGAGCUUCCCACAACGCGAAGACUGCCAUGGCGAAGACCGGUACUUCUGCUCCAUGUGGCGCUCCGUCGGGUUCUUGAUGUCCUUUGCUGUCGUUCUGCAGGGCAUAGGCAUAGUCACAUACCUCGUCAUCUUGAGUGGCGGGAAACGGCUGCGCGAAAAUGGGUGGAGUGUCCUUAGUUUGAUAGUUGGUCUGUCUGCCAUUGUGCAAGCAGCCGGCAUGUCGAUAGUGGCAUAUCUAUUCGAUAACGAGGACCGGUUCUUCGUCGGCUGGCAACUUGACCAGUCCUGGAUCCUUUGCACUAUUAGCUGGUGCUUCAGUGUUUUCUGCGUAGGCGCGGUCAUUGUGGCUGCUAAGGUCUUGCCUUCAGAGGGUGGGUAUGAGUUGAUUCCUGAUCAUGAUGAGUUUCAGGUCACUUGA